AUGAGCUACCCAGAAAAGUCAAGAAGGGGCCUUUCCAUCGGUAUCUGGGCCUUCCUCAACAAAUUUGGUGGAAUCAUAUCCGGCUCUAUUGUUUUCGCGCUGAACUAUAGCGGAACCAAUAAAGGCCAGGUCAGCCUGAACACAUACGUCGCGCUGCUUUCGAUUCAGUGCGUCGGGCCGUUCCUUGCAUUAGCCCUGUCUCCGCCUGAGAAAGUGCUCCGGAAGGACGGCACUAAACCAGAGACAAACCUGGCUAAAGGAAACCUUCAGCAGAUUUUCAGGAGAAUCUCCUGGCUGAUAAUUGUCUUCUUCAACACCGCUUUCUUCAUCUGGGGCUUCGUUGUGCAGAAAUACGUGCUUACCCACGACUUGGGCCCUCUGGAUUGGGCAACUGGUGGGUACUACUACAACACAUAUGUCCCAAUGCAAAUCUUCAAGAUUCCGGGAGAGUUCGUCUUUAACUGGGUUUUCUGGGUGGUCGGCGUCAACGACUUCACGUCAGAGGAGCUGUCGUACCUGUCUGGACUGAUCCGCGGUUUUGAAUCGCUUGGAGGAACGCUUUCCUAUGUCGUUGGAGUUGCCAAUGGCAACGAUAUGACUAACUUGUCGGUGGCAGCAGGAGCCUUCUGGGUCGUGAUUCCGGUGGUCACGUACAUCAGCUGGAGAAUCAGAGAAAAGGACUCUUCGACGGUGGUCUACGACGAGGAGGUCUCAGAGACAGUGAACUCUGCCAAAGAAAAGCAGGAAGUCAUUGAGAUUGUGAAGGAGGAGUCGAGAUGA